UGGGCGUGAACAAGUAUCCUGAAAUGGUUUCUGGAUUCGGGAACAGUGUUUCAGCAGUUUCCGCGAUGUUCGCGUUGUGCAUGUCCCGGGGGCCACCCACGAUCCAAGACGUCCACAACCAGAACUGUCUCAAUAAACAAGUGAAAGGAGGCUACCUUCUGAGAUAUAGAAAGGGUCUCUUCUGUAGUGGUUGGACAGAAGAAUGGGUAGUCCUAUUCGAGGACUCUACAUUAGCAUGGUACGCAGACAAAGGUCUCAGUAGGCCUAGAGGUCGGAUACGAAUUGGAGAUUCGCCAGACCUCCUGGCAGUUGGGGAAUGGACGAGAAAAGUACCGAAACGACCAAGAUUUCCUCGGAAUUGCCACAUAGGUCAAUUAAUAGCCAUAGGAUCCAGACGACCACAGGAUGUACAUUGGUUAAUAGCACAAUCUCCCACGGAAGUUACUGAUUGGAUGACAGCAAUUGGACAUACGCUACCGCCGCCACCACAUUUUCCGGUCGAGGAUAAAGUACAGCCUCACAAACAACUUCCUCAAUCCCAACAACAUCACAGGGAAAACAUCGUCCAUUUACAGGUUUCCAGAUCACUACCAAAGUCUUCGAGCCUCUACCAAAAAGCUCCCUCGACCUCCCUAGCCACUGCCUCAAGACCGCAAAAUUUCGAAAACGACCACACGGUUAUAUCAGGGGUGGAAUUAGGAUGGGGACACGGCUGGGGUUGGGGCGGUGCAGUAUGGGCGGCAGAAGCCACUUGCGUCCACGAAGCAGCAGUGAGUUCGAGCCUGUACUGUCAAAAUUUGGAGGACUACAGUUUAGGUGGUUACGAGGAGAUGGACUGGAGCGCAAUCGGUGACUUCUGCUUUUAAAAUUGUUUUUAAAGUAUCAAAAGUGUUCAUGACGUAACAUAGACGGGUAUAUGCCUAUUGUUGCCAAAUGUUUAUGAGUGGGAGAUUUUUCAAGUACACAAAUGACAAAAAGCA